ACGGCGUCGAGUUAUCCGUAGGAUCGCUGUUAAUCGCCGGGCGGAGGAGAGGAACAGUUUUCUUUUUUUUCUCUCUCUUGUCAUUUGAAGUGAAAAUUUAAGGUUUUCGUAUUACGUACUGCAAUAAAUCUGACGAAAAAACAGGGUGCCUUAGUGCAGAAUGUAAUCGUGUUUGAGCGUGUUUCGUAAACGUUGAAGAAAUUUUGUGACAGAAUAAAUAACCUGCGUGUGAUUAAAUAUACGCGAAUUACGUUUGUUGGUACGUAAUAAUAAACACGUGAUAACGUUUGGUGAUUCGUGUUUCGCGCUGUUUGCUUGUUACUUGUUUUCAUUCUUUUCAUAAAUCAUUAAAGUGAAGUGCGAUGGUGAAAAGAUUUAUAAAUUAUUUUGUAAAAUUGUGACGAGCUGUUGUGAAGGAUUUCUUCGCGAGUAUUGAAGUUUAUUUCCUCGUCCUCGUCUGUGACGCAACUUUUAACGGAUGAUUGUUACGUGAAUGUCAAAUUUAAAUAGUAAUUUUUACGAAUAGACGGAAAAACAAGAGUAAAACAACGAAACGUUUGUACCAACUUUUGUCACAUGUCGCCGCGUCGUGUGAAUAAUUAGUUAUUUCGUGUCACGUAAGUUUUCCGCGUUCGCAAAUGCCUGACGGUAUUUGAUAAUAUCAUGCAAAGCGUACUCGCGUAUUCCUGCGUUUAAUAACGAACUACGUACAACACGAGAAUAGGGGUUAAAUUAACAAGGGUAGAUGAGUGGGAAACGAGUUCGUAAUGAGUUCGUUGCUGUCGUUAGGGAAUGAGGAACUCAAUAUCGGGACGGUGGUAGAUCACCCCUUUGUGGUGACACCGGAUAGCUCGCUUGUACGACGACACGUCAAACCUCUGUAGCGAAGCUUGCGGAGAAGUCUGGGGUGGUGAUCAAACGCCGAUAAUUCAUCGGCCGCAAUCGUUACGUGCAUCAUACACGUGUCGCGGGAAAGUUAGCGGUCGCGUUGUGUCUUCAGUGCGACGAGAAGUGUGUUGCGGGACGAGAAAUUAGGCGUGAGAUCGAGGAAAAGGAAACCACCCCUUUGGACAGGAGGAGAAAGUCUCGACGUUAACGCAGCGGGGUGAUGAGGUCAGGCCGGGGAAAAGCGUAGGAGUUGCUCGCUUCGCUUUGGAGAUGAGGCCCGGCUCGCUAUCGCCCCCGGUUAUCACCGUCAUCGCGAUUUUUACGGCCUUGACCAGCGCCGGCGAUCAAGAAAGAGAAGUUUGGUACGAGGCUGCGACCAGAGCCAUCGAGUCGCGUGUUAGGCAGACGGCAGCAUCUUCCGGAAACCCCGGCACAACGCCGACGAGCGUCGCCCGAGGUGUCGUUCUCUUCGUCGGUGACGGAAUGGGCCUGAGCACCCUAACGGCCGCCCGAAUCCUGUCGGGUCAGCGUCACGGCAACACCGGAGAAGAGGCUGAGCUCGCCUGGGACACCUUUCCCGCCGUCGCCUUGGCGAGGACCUACAACAUGGACGCUCAGGUCGGCGAGUCUUCGGCCUGCGCAACCGCCCUACUUUGCGGUGUUAAGGCCAACUACGAAACCGUCGGACUCGAUUCCUCUGCAAGAUUCGAGAACUGCUUCUCAAGCCACAACGCGAAGGUACCGUCGCUGAUCAGCUGGGCCCAACAGCAAGGAAAGUCAACCGGCGUAGUGACGACGACGAGAGUGACGCACGCGACGCCAGCGGCGUUGUUCAGCCACGCGUCCAGUCGCUAUUGGGAGGAUGACGGCAAGGUUCCACCGGCUGCGAGACGCUCCUGUAAGGACAUUGCUCGACAAUUUCUCGAGGACGAGCCUGGCCGUAACAUUAACGUUCUGCUGGGCGGGGGAAGAAGGCACUUCGUACCCAAGGUUGCCAUGGAUCCUGAGGAACCUGAGAAGGAGGGUCGCCGACUCGACGGCCGAAACCUGAUCGAGGAAUGGUCACGCGAGCGUCGCCUUCGCAACAUCGACGCCGAAUACGUGUGGAACAAGGAACAACUGGAAAACGUUGACCCUCGCAAGGUCAAGCACUUGCUUGGUUUGUUCGCCUACUCGCACAUGGAUUUCGACGUCGACCGAAACACAAAUGGUACAGGCGAUCCGUCGCUUACCGAAAUGACUUUGAAGGCACUGCGUAUACUGAUGAAAAAUCCGGAGGGAUUCUUUCUGUUUGUCGAAGGUGGCAGGAUCGAUCACGCCCAUCACUACAACAACGCUUAUCGGGCCUUGGACGAGACCCUGGCGCUGGAGGAGGCAGUUCGGGCGGUCAUGGACGAAGUUGACCUCUCAGAAACGCUCCUGCUCGUGACAGCGGACCACUCCCACGUACUGACUCUCGGAGGGUUGGCUACUCACCGGGGCAACCCGAUCCUAGGUUCAGACAGCAAGGUAUCGGACCUCGACGGCAAGCCUUACACAACUCUUUUGUACAGUAACGGACCUGGGCACACCGAGCCCAGAGCGGUCCUUCGUGAGGCUGGAAAGGAUUCGAUUCAGACCGCCGGAGUGCCCCGCGCCUGGGCGACCCACGGAGGUGAGGACGUGCCCGUUUUCGCCAUCGGCCCUUUGGCGACGACGCUGUUCUCCGGAAGCAUGGACCAGAGCUACAUACCCCACGCGAUAUCGUACGCGGCUUGUUACGCCCAUCACGCCAGUCGGUGCGCCCGGGAAUCCGCAAUGAACAACACGAGCAGCCCGCAAUUGAGUUGCCCUUCGGCCGAACCGAACAGCGCGGCAAUUUCCAGCGACGUUAUGAACGACCAGGCGCGAAAUUUGCCUGCGGGUUCGGCGGAGGUUCCGCAGGUCCUUCGCUUCUUCGUCAUUUCACUUGUCGUCCUCCUGCGGGCGAUUUUAUUACUCCAAAUGCCACCGAGUUAAUGUCCGAAAGUUACGGGAACAGUGACGAACUUUUAUGAAUAGACCGAAGAGGGAGAAGGCUGGGAAUUUGAGGCCCUUUCAGGUUUCGUUUGACGAAAAAGAAACUACCGUCGUCGGAUGGAGAAAUCACUAUUCGUGGAUUCGACAGAGUGAUAUUUCCAAAUUUCGAGCAGGGUGGCGGGAAGUUGGGCGUCGAGAAUCCGAAGCAAUUGUGAAUAUUUCCAAAUAGUAUGAUAUCCAUACAUGACUGUGAUCCUGCGUUAAACGUUUUGCAGAUGAUGAACGUGGAAUACGUACAAGGGAAACUAAUCUAAUUCAUCGAUUAUAUCUAAUGUAUAGGCAUUAUAUAAAUACGUAUACGUAUUAUUUAUACGUACAAUUUGAAAUAAUAAAAGUAUUCAUUUUUAACGAAAGUCAAAAAGUCGUCUCGACACUCCGGGACCAAUACAAUGAGGCAUUCAUGUCCGUUCAUUCCCCGUUUGAAACUCUUGGAAGUCUCGUGGAAAUUUUCGCUGAAUCGAAAUGCUAGUCGACAAAUUUGUAUUACAUGCAAAAACUAUAACCGGUAAUGCAGUUUUUAACAAAGGUAAUAGUGUAUUUGACAAUAGACCACGAUCAAUUAUAUAUUAAAUAUGCGCGAUUGUUUUUACGACGAUUUCCGCAUUUCCCAAAUGCUAUUCCAUAUUCACGACUUGAAUCCGCCUUGAGUAUUGGCCCUUACAGAAUGAAAACAAAAAGAAACCGUGACCAAACUAGAUCAAAUUUUUGAACAAAAAAUAUGUCGAUCUAUUCUGUAAAUAAUUUUAGUAUAGGAAUGUGUAUCACGGAUGAGAUUUAUUAUAGAAUAUAUAUAUAUACAUAUAUGUAUGAAUUAUAUCCAUAUGUAUAUACAUAUGUAUAUCACUGUUUCAUAAAAAAACAUUGUAAUUAUUUCUACCAUCUCAUUAUUUAAAACUGGUGAUAAUUUCCCAUGUCAUUUGUACCGAAAUAUGCAUAAUGUAUUAUGUAACUACAUAUCCUUUUAGUAACUGGAGGAUCGACUCGAUUGAGAAGACCAACUCAUACAAUACCAUCUUUUUCUGGAGUGAAUCGAUGAAAAUAGCUGUAAUUUCUACGACUCCAAUCAUUGGACCACCGAUUGUUUAUUUUUUGUAUCAUUUGAGGGACAAGUUCAUAAUAUUGGAUCCUCACUAGUAUCAACUUAUUCUCGUGUACUUGGAUGACAGAAACUGCAAAUCACAACAAAAAAAUAUUGCGGUAUUGAAAAUCCAUAACAGAUAUCUCAAUUUGUGUCAUUUUUAUUCACUCCAUCUCGUUCAGUCGGUUGUUUGUAGUUUCAACUUUUGAUAACAGCGCUACAUAAGGUAUAUGUAAAUGAAUUCUGAAAGCAACUGGUUUCAUCAUAUUUGAAGCUUAAUGCUCACUGGAAUGUGAAGCUCAUUAAAUUAUUUAUUAUAAACAAAUAAAUAAAUAACUUAUUUACAUAUAAUUUAUUCAGUCACGUGUACCUAUUGAACGGAAUUCGAAGUAGGACGUGUGAAAAGUUGAGAAUAUAUAAUUUCGAUCCAGAAUAUAAAGAUAUUUAUCAUCGUACAAUACAA